AUGGAUGAAGUGCACGAAAAGAUGAAGAAUUUUUUAAUUAAUUCCGACACGAGUGGCAUCGAGUUGGGCGAGUUUCUAGCGAACCAGCGAUACCCCACACCCAUCGCACCGUACCUUGCCCUGGUUCCACCGGGCUGUGGCCACUGGGUACGGCAACGUUUGGCCAACCGAGGGAAAGCGGUACCGCUGGUGGUGGUUCUGGUGUUGGCCCUACUCUGCACAGCGACCCUGUGCACCGUCCGCAACCAGACGGCCGUCGGUGUACGGCGGUGGCCACUGCUGGCAACGUUGUUUGCAAAUGAAGAUUGCAUUCUCACUAUGCCGGCGCAGUUGCAAAAAGCAUUCCGACCACCGGAGGGCUGUGGCUUUUGCCGGGCCGUUCACCGAACCGUUCCACGGCUGUCCAACGUGAGUCCGGCAGAGUUUGCCCGUGAGUACGCGUACCGUGGUGGACCGGUGAUUGUGACGGAUGCCACCGCUAACUGGACGGCGGUGGAGCGCUUCGACUAUUGGUUCUUCAAGCGUGUGUACGAGACGCACGGCAGUGGACCGAAAGCGGAACGCUGCCAGUUUUUCCCCUACAAGACAGGGUUGCGGGACAUACGGGAGGCGUUGUCGUUGCCGGCAGCGCGCGUUCGUUACGACCCGGGCACGGAACCGUGGUACUUCGGGUGGAGCAACUGUGAUCCGGCGAUAGUGCGGGUGCUGCGCGAGCACUACCAGCGCCCAUACUUUCUACCGGCCGACUCGGAAAACAGUGCCAUCGAUUGGGUGUUUAUGGGUGGACCAGGGCUUGGUGCCCACAUGCAUGUCGACAAUGUCCGCCUGCCAUCAUGGCAAUCUCAGCUGAAAGGUGCCAAGGAAUGGAUUCUUGCCCCACCGCCCGAGUGUUUCUACCAGUGCGAAUUCCUGUCCGUCGUUGUACAAACCGGAGAGACAAUUGUGCUGGACACUAACAAAUGGUACCAUAAAACGAACGUACUGCCCGGUCCGAUCAGCAUCACCGUCGGAGCCGAAUACGACUAA